UGCUUUUGUCUUGUUUAUUUACUCGGGUUCUUAGAUAAAAACUUUACUCAAAAAUCAGUUUUUAGUUAAAUUUUCGUGAAAAACAGUUCGGAAAAACCAUGAAACCAACAUCGGGAAAAGCCGCAAACGCGCACGUUCCGAAAAAGCUAACCGAGCGGCAAAAAAUCGAGCGGAAAGAGUUGAAGCGAAAGAAAAAGCAAGACCGGCUGCUCAAACGAGUGCAGCGGGAGUUCGAACAGGUGGAGCGUGACAAGGCAGCCGCUGUUGAAGUCAAAGUGGAGGCGGUGGCGGAAAAGGAGUUGGUGUCAACCUUGAGCAUCGCUGUACCCGGAUCGAUACUGGACAAUGCCCAAUCGCCCGAACUGCGAACGUACCUGGCCGGCCAAAUUGCGCGGGCAGCUUGCAUCUUCCAGGUGGACGAAGUGGUCGUGUUUGACGAUUGCGGAACCACCGGCAAUCAGGCGACGGAGAAAUUGGGAACCGUUGAUACAUCCGAGGGAAGCACAUCGGCUCGUCGCUGUUGCGUUCAGUUGGCUCGAAUCCUGCAAUAUCUCGAGUGUCCGCAAUACUUGAGGAAGUUUUUCUUCCCCAUUCACAACGACCUUAAAUUUUGCGGCUUGCUUAGCCCUCUCGAUUCGCAGCACCAUCUUCGUCAAGCUAGCGAGUUCGAAUUCCGUGAAGGGAUCGUGACCAACAAACCCACCAAAAACGACAAAUCCUCUUUUGUUAAUGUGGGCUUGCUGAACGACGUCCUGGUGGAUACCCAUCUGGAUCCGGGAGUGCGCGUAACGGUCAAAAUGCCACCAGGGGUGGAUUUGAAGUCGAAGAAGAUCCGUGCUAAAGUAGUUCCGCCGGCUCAGCCACGACAGGAAACCGGAAUCUACUGGGGUUACACGGUGCGAAUAGCCAACUCCCUAUCGCAGGUGUUCACCAAGAGUCCUUACAAAGGGGGAUAUGAUUUGACUGUUGGAACUUCAGACACGGGGACCAACGUCCAAGAGCUGGAACCACAAAGCCUGAAUUACAAACAUGUCCUGGUAGUUUUCGGAGGAGUUCUCGGAUUGGAACCAGCUUUGGAUAACGACCAUAAACUCAAUGUCGACAGCGUCGAGCAGCUGUUUGACCAAUAUCUGAACACAGUUCCGCGUCAGGGAUCGAGAACGGUUCGCACGGAAGAAGCCAUUCUAAUAUCGUUGGCCGCUCUCGGAGAAAAGUUAGCUCCGACUGUCAGGCCGAAGGAGUUCACCAGCUUCGAAGCCAUCCCGCAGAGUCAGGACACCGGAAUCCAACAGUAUGCAUUCAACGAGAAGAAACGAAAGCAUAUGGCACCGGUCGUAGAGACCGUUGAACCGCAACCAAGGGAAAAAGAUGCUUCAGCUGGAUUCUAUAACAUUCCCCAGAAAACCAUUCCCCAGAAUACCAAUCCCCAGAAUUCCAUUCCCCAGAAAACCAUUUCCCAGAAUGUACCAUUCCCCAGAAUGUACCAUUUCCCAGAAAUCCAUUCCCCAGAAUGCACCAUUCCCCAGAAAUCCAUUCCCCAGAAUGUACCAUUCCCCAGAAAAGUUUAAUAUACUCUGCUAAAAAGUUUAAUUCGAUACACAAACAGUAAAAUGUUGAUCAUAAUGAUAUGUUAUACCCCGGACAGACAUGUGAUACGAGUAUGAUUCCUGUACAACGGUACGCAGUGUCAAGAAAAUUCUAACAAGACUGACUUGAACUGAGAGAAUUUUCAGUAUGGAACUCAUUUCAAGCGUAAUUGUACAGUGAUUCUUGUAUCACAUGUGUGUCAUAAGUAUUAUAGGCAAGGAUUUUAACAUUAUAGUGUUAUUACGAGCAAACAUCUAUUUCUGGUACGGUAUAUGUAACAAAUUAAUGUACAUACAUACAUAUCCAUAAAAAUAUUCUACAAUGGUUCAAACGUUUAAUUACCAUUGUACACAGUUGCAUGUUGAUCUUUAAACCUAUCUUGAAAGUUUACAAACUGUUAGUUGCGUUGCUAUAAAAUGUUUUGUUUUUGACAGAUUUGUGAAAAUUGUGCAGCACUUGUUUUACGAUGAAUAACGUUUUAAAAGUGAUGUGCAAAAUUUACAGAGAAAACGCAUAUUCUUCUGAUGUUGUUCAGUGUACAAGAUACUAAAGACUCAACUGACCACGUUUUUCUUUGCAAACGGUUGGAGGGAUCCAUCCCAAUGGCUGUUCCCAAUUAUUCGCUUCAAAGGCUCUUCAUUCAUGCGGUAUGAGAAGGGCUUUCAUCAUUAUUCCAAUACUAUGGAAUGGAAUAGAAAAAGUGAACAUAUAAGCAGUUUUAAUGCCAACAAUUCUAAAUAUUUUUAAUGAAGAAGGGAAAAAGUAUCAUUGUUUUCCUUUUGGCAUUCAAAAACCCAACAAUGUUCCUUCUUUUUAAACAAUAUUCUUCUUAAAAUUAAGGCAAUUAGUAUUUUUUUUUAAUUAUAACUGCUUACAUUUUCAACAUAGAUUCUCCCUUCUUUUCUACAUAGGCUGUUCUUUCGAAUUGCACUUUUCAGGAAAUUAUGGGCAUUAUUACAACCACCGGUGUUAAAUUGCUGUUAUAUUUAUUAUAUAUUUUUUCAAAUUUCUAUACACCUGUGCUUGUGGUGCCGAUUGUAAUUAGCCUAAACAUUGUAACUCGAAAGAACAGCCUAUGUAGAAAAGAAGGGAAAAUCUAUGUUGAAAAAGUAAGCAGUUGUGAUGCCGAUAAUUUCCUGAAAAGUGCAAUUCGAAAGAACAGCCUAUGCAGCAAAGAAGGAGAAGUCUAUGUUGAAAAUGAAAGCAGUUAUAAUUCCAAUAAUUGUAUCAAUUGCCUAAAUUCUAAAAAAAAGCUUGUUUAAAAAAAGGAACAGUGUUGGGUUUUUGAAUACCGCAAGGAAAACAAUGUCACCACAGUCAAACGGACGUAACACUUCGAACAUUUCUCGGAUACUUUUUCAAAACGACGUAUAAUACACGCAAAUGCUAUGUUGAUACGUCGUUUUGAAAAAGUAUCCGAGAUUUUUCGAUUUAAAUUUUAGUCUCGGAAAUAGGUUCGCUUAAUUCUAAAAGGACUGAAUUUGGCCAAUCAUCAACUAGGUGGCAGUAGUGAGCAAACGUCAAACUCAAACAAAAACUAUGCGAGCGCCGCGAAUUGGCAGUUGGUCAACUAUCAAAUUUUCAAAUAAACUGUUAAAUCGAUGUACGAUGGCAAUUAUCAGAGUGUUACGUUUCCUUCUUCGUUAAAACAAAUGUUUGAGUCGUUAUAAGAAUUGUUGGCAUUACAACUGCUUAUAUGUUUAUCAAAAAUUUUCCCUUCUUUUGCAUAGGCUGUUCUUUCCAGUUGCACUUUUCAAGAAAUUAUCGGCAUUGCAACUGCUUACUUUUUUAACAUAGAUUCUCCCUUCUUUUUUGCAUAGGCUGUUCUUUCGAAUUGCACUUUUCGGGAAAUUAUGGGCAUUACAGCCUCCACCGGUGUUAAAAUUGCUGUUAUAUUUAUUUCAUAUUUUUUUUCUAAAUUUCUAAACACCUGUGCUUGUGGUAUCGAUAAUUACCUGAAUAGUGUAACUUGUAAGAAUAGCCUAUGCAGAAAAGAAGGAAAAAAUUACGUAGAAAAUGUAAGAAGUUUUGAUGCCGAUAAUUUACUGAAAAGUACAAUUCGAAAGAACAGCCUAUGCAGAAAAGAAGGAAAAAUGUAUGUUGAAAAAGUAAGCAGUUGCGAUGCCAAUAAUUAUACCAAUAGCUUAAAUUGUAAAGGCAAAUCAUGCUUAUUUCCGAAGUUUUUCUUGUCAAAUAAGAAUUUUUGGCAGGAUGUUUCUUCCGGUGAUUUUUUACGAAUAAAUAUUUGAUGUUUAGCUAUUAAUAUAAACCAUUCAGAAUUAAAGCAAUAGUUUUAUUUUUUUCUGGGGAAUGGUACAUUCUGGCGAAUGGAAUUCUGGGGAAUGGUACAUUCUGGGGAAUGGGUUUCUGGGAAAUGGUUUUCUGGGGAAUGGUACAUUCUGGGGAAUGGAAUUCUGGGGAUUGGUUUUCUGGGGAAUGGUUUUCUGGGGAAUGUUAUAGAAUCCUUCAGCUGCAUCGGCCUCGGAAGACGAUAUGGCCAGGUUUGAUUAAAUUCAAUGACAAGUAAGUACACGUAGUUCUUCAAAGCUCUAUAUUAUUCAACAA